AUGCGAACUAGAGGUCGCAACCGACUGGUAAUUGAACAAGACGACGAUGAAGAUGGGCGACCUUAUAUUGAGCAUUUGAUGGAUGGUCAAAACCAUUCUGCAACCCAGGCUUAUAUUGAGCAGUUGAUGGAUAAUCAAAACUCUUCUGAAGACCAGGCACAUGAUGAUCAAUCUUAUGAUUCGAAUUCUGCUGGUGGUACUGAAGUUCAACAAAAUGAUGAUGAAUCAGGGAAGGUAGUUGAUGUGCCGUUUAAUAAUCGUAACCAAGCUAUUGGGGAAAAAGAUCGAAAGAUUGCUAGCUUUCGAGGAAUUGUUGCGAGAACUCCAGAACUAACACCUUUACAUGUAGAUGAUUGGAGAAAUUUUGACAAGGAGGAAAAGAAGAAAUUGGUGGAUUUUGUGAGACCAAGUCGCAUACUGAGGGAUCAAUGGAGUGGUCUUGUUUCUUAUUGGCUUUCAGAUAAAGCUAAGAGGUGUACCCAAGCAAAUAGAAAUAAUUGGGCCAAUCAAAAGAUGCCUCACACAGGAGGAUCCAAAAGAAUUGCUACCUUGAUGGAUGAACAGGCUGUAAAUGGGAUAGAGCCUACACGAGCACAAGUUUUCAUAUUAACUCAUAAAAAACGUAAGGAUGGUAGACCACUGGAUGAUGAAUCUAUCAAGGCAAUCGUGUUCGGAAAUGACAAAAGUGAGUAUGUUCGUGGUUUAGGACUUGGUCCAACUCCUUCUUUUCUAUGGGGUAGUAGAUCUUCCUUAGGAAAUAUUGUUGGAGAGGAUUCGUCCAAUGAAGCUGUCCAAAGGUUAACACAAGAGAUAACCGAGUUAAAGGAUAAACACAAUGAAGAAAUGAAUCUGAUGAAACAAAAUCAGGAGAAGAUGCAAUCAGAAUUACUCGAAAUGCGACAAUUGAUACGCAAAUAUGCUUCCAAUGAAUCUAUGCCUCAAAAUAUCAAUGGCACCUCAAUUGAACAGGUCCCUGACGCCAAUAGUGGCCAUGAACGAGUACCACAAACAUCAAGGAUACCUAAUGUUGCUGAAAAUACUUCAAUGUCUCACGAAGCUGACAUGAAACUAUAUGAUACAUAUGAAAUCCUUAUUUAUGGAAGCUCAUAG